CUUUGGCAUCAGUCUGACUUGCGGGGAGUCAGAAGAUCCUCCCGCGGAUGUAGCCAUUGAACUGAAAGCUGUGUUUACAGACAGACAGUUUGUCAGAAACUCUUGUGUAGCUGGAGAAUGGGGGGAAGAGCAGUCGUCUAUUCCUUACUUUCCAUUUAUACCGGACCAGCCUUUUAGGGUUGAGAUACUUUGCGAGCAUCCCCGUUUUAGAAUAUUUGUGGAUGGACAUCAGCUCUUUGAUUUUUACCACCGUAUUGAAACACUGUCAGCAAUUGACACAAUAAAGAUAAAUGGAGAUCUUCAGCUUACAAAACUUGGCUGAGCCUGUUAGGACUGCAGAUUCCAAACGGGCUCAGGUGCCAUCGUCUGUUUGGAGCAGUGACAGCCGGCUCUGGACACAGCCAUGGUAGGAAGGCUGCCCUGUUCCUUUUCCGCAUGCAGUUCUUCACUCCUGUGCCGAUGAACGGGGCUGGUUUUUAUCCUAAUGAAGAGCACUGUUGGUUAAUAGACAUUGAGCCGUUUUUCUUGGAUCAAAAUAGCCCACCUGUGCUGGAUAAUCAAAUUGGAAUGGAUUCAGAAAGACUUGCAGUCUUGUUUCAAAUCUCACAGAAAGGCAAUUUCUGAAACACAGCGCCUCAAACUGGUUACUGAACAGUAGUGACAACAAAACCAAGUUUUUCUUUUGCAAAUAUUGUUUCUGCACUGAAGUGGAGUAGUGUAGCACAACAUAGGGCCACGUGCUGACGUCCUUACCUGGGGCCUGAGCCUGGUUCCAUGGAAAUCAAUGGCAAAACUCCCACUCACUUUAACGGGGUACAAUGAAACUGUCUAGUCCUUAGUCAAGCACAAUUCCCACUGAUUUCUAUGGCAUUUUUGCACACACCUUGGGGCCUCCUCUUCUGCUGGUGAAAAUCAGCAUUGCUUCCAUAGCUUGUAAUGGAAUUUUGCAAAUUGCUCCCAGCCACUGGUUUGGCCCAAGGACUGUGCAAAAACUGACUGAGGGUGUGCGGACACAGCCUGUGUAUUUUAGUCAGGGUAUUUGCAUAGAAUGUAGGUCGUUAUGAGUUUUUGCACAACGUAUUGUUAAUACAAUUUUUAAAGCUUAUCUGUAGUUUAUUUAUUUAUACUCAUUGUAUGUAUUAUUAGUAAAACCGAACAAUCUUCCUGACAGUUAAGAACAGCAGAGUGUAAACAUUUUGAAUGUACACAACGUCUUAGCUUCUUUGGGUAACCUUUACAUAUCGUUCUCGAAAAACUGUGUUUCCUAUCAAGCAUUUAGUUACAUUUUAAUGGAGCCCUCUAGGCCCUGGGAAAACAUGGGCAUGGUAGUUGGUGGGGGUGGGGGGAACUGCAUAUUCACUAGAAUCUGUUUUUCAGGGCUUACUAACUUUGCUGCACAGGAUAGGUUUGAGUUGAAGUCAAUCCAUUUAAAACACCUAAACAGCAAAUUUGUAGGUUUAACCGUGCUUUUAUUACCUGAGAAAAGGUUAAAUUUAACAAUCUCUUAGUUCAGAAAGAGAGCCAGCCUCUUUCCAAGGGAGUUGGGAGAUUCUUUGCACUUGUUUGAGAACGUAUUCGGUCUUUGAUAUGACAAUUAAAACUUGUCUAGACAGCCAAGUUAUUAAUGCUUGAAAAUCAGCUACUGCACAUGAAUAAUAACUUUUCAAGUAGCUUUUUAAGUACUAGGUAUAGCUGUAUAAACACAGUCAUUGCGCUACACUGUAAAUGAACACAGCCACUUUUCUGGACUUCUCUA